CACCGUGUAGGCAUGAGUCUUGUAUAGCUUCUAUCUCUGUGGCGAGACCAAUCUAUAUCAGUCUGCCUGCCAAAGGGCACUACUCCAGCAUGUCGCAUAGUUCCAAAUAGCCGAUUGAUGAAAAUGUGCACGACUAGCGCCCUCAAGCUCGUUAUCCCCGUCAACUUCAGAUGGAUGUUUGCUUCACAGCCGAUGUCCCAGCAGGACGCCUUCGUUCACGUUCUGGGCUUCGGCGGCCACAGCUGACUGCGCGAGAACCUAGCCGGUCCGCACCAGCAUAGAAAGUCGCACAUGACGCUACACCUCCAAAUUAGCGAAUACAUGGCACCUGCUUUGCGUUCGGCUCCCCUUGUCAUUCCGAGAUUUCUCGAGGCCCUUUCUAGCCAUGAGCGAUGGACUAUGCGGCGUAAGACGCGCAGCGAAGCUCGCGAAGCGCGUGCCAGCGGCAAAGGAAGAGCUGCGAACGACGCGGGUCAGCAAAGUGAAUCGUCGAUAGCAAGGGUGACAAGUAGCGUGCAAAUACGCAAGCCGACGUCGGUUAGGCGGGGCAUGACAGCCGCAAGUAUGGGCGAGGAGGAUCGUAUCGACCGGUGGCGUCAAGAUCGUCUAUGAAGUCGACGGAUGUUCGCCUUCCAGGUCAUGAAAAAUAUUCCAGACUUUAGGGCGCUCGCUUGGUACUUCGGAAGGAAGAUCGUACUGGACAGGAGCUGUGACUGCGUGGCACUUUUGAGUGUAGAACAAGACAUGAUUGUGCGCGUCCUUCUUCACGCCGUUCAUUCAUCGGUAGCACUUCAUUCGGGCGCAAGAGGUGCAUGAGGCGGUCAGAAUAUCUAUGUUUGUCUGCGAGGUGGUGGAUCUGUAUGGCCGAAGGGAAGAGAAGGGCUAGAAGAGAGUGAUUCGGAGAGGGCUCUGCGUAAUAGAGGACGAUGGGGGGCGCGCGUGAGUCAAGGUGAACCCG